AUAAACUUAAAUUUCAUAAACGUGCAACCGUUACGUUAACUGCUUUAUUAUCAAUAGUUUAUCCUUGGAUGACAGUACUUAUAGUCUACUUUACACCCCCGGUUGGAUAUUUUUGUCGCAGCAAAUAUGUAACAGUAAUCACCUCCAUCUGGUCAUUUAACAGUGCUUUGGCCUAUUUUUGGCAUAUAAAAGGAGAAAGUGAUUUAAUCAUGUCUGGGGAAGGGUGGUUACAUGUUUGGUUUUCCACGUGUGGUUUUAUAGUGGCAUAUCUCUUGUUAUUUCUAGGCAUCUUUACCGGGUAUAAUACAUUGUGGGUUGAUUUAUUCGGGGAUGCUUGUGAUUUAUCGAGCAUAGGAUGCUAUUGA